AUGCGGACAGCAUCGGCAGCUACAGAAGUCGUGGGGGAAAUGGCACGUAAACACGAUUGGCUUCUAGUCCCCCCCCCUUCAGUUGCACAGGAGCAUCAGCACCAAGGAAGUACGCUGUUUUUGCAAUGCGACGCAUGGCAGCGACUUCUAGUGAUGCCGAUGGGGGAGGGGAAGACGAGCGUCACCCACGGAUUAAAAUAUGGGGCACGAAUGCAGCACUGCCGCAGGGGCAGCGGUGCUGCAGGCCCCUGGCAGCUCGAGCCUCACCCUGACAUGCCGUACGACAACAUUUGUGGACUCUGUGACUGCUUUGCCGCGCCGACGAGACCAAUAAAAAUGGGUGACAGGCCCGAUUGGCUGCUGCACUUGCAGCACAUUGCUGGAGUGCUGGGGCUAUCGUCUUGCAAAGGCCUCGCCAAAUUUCGUAAAUCCCUGGGGGGUGGCACGAAAAGGGGUGACGGUGGCGACAGGGAGAGGUGUGCUGAGAAUAAGCACGCCGAUAAGAGAGGAGGGGGGUAG